UCCCGCCUCGCAGCCGGCGCGGAGGGAAAGAGAGGGGAAGGGAGGGAAAGGGAGCAGCGCCGCCCCCAAGCCGAGGGGUGGAGGAAGAGGAAGAAUAAGGGCUGGGACUACGUUUCCCGCCGGCCCCGGGGCGGCGGGGCGGGGUAUAAAGCGGCGCUACCUGGCCGGCAGGCCCGGGCUGCGGGAUGCCGUUCUCCAGCUCCAGCACGGACGAUGCCUUCGAUUACCUCUUUAAGAUCAUCCUGAUAGGGGAUUCCAACGUGGGGAAGACGUGUGUGGUGCACCGCUUCAAGACGGGGCAGUUCUACGAGAAGCAGCAGAACACCAUCGGAGUGGACUUCACCGUGCGCUCGAUGGAUAUCGACGGCAAGAAAGUGAAGAUCCAAGUGUGGGACACAGCUGGUCAAGAGCGCUUCCGGACAAUAACCCAGUCCUAUUACAGAAGUGCCCAUGGAGCCAUCCUUGCCUAUGACCUUACUAGGAGGUCCACAUUUGAGUCUAUUCCUCACUGGAUUCAUGAAGUUGAAAAGUAUGGUGCUGCAAACUUGGUCAUGAUGUUAAUUGGGAACAAAUCAGACUCAGUGGAUAAGCGACAAGUCCUGUUUGAAGAUGCCUGCACGCUGGCUGAGAAGCACGGGCUCCUAGCUGUGUUGGAGACAUCAGCAAAAGAAGCUCAAAACAUUGAAGAGGUAUUUGUGCUGAUGGCUAAGGAGCUGAUAGCCCGAAAUACCUUGCAGCUUCAUGGAGAGAGUCCUCCAAACAGCGUCUAUCUUGAGUCCAGGCCAGUGAUUGCCAGUCCAAGUGCAGAGAAGACCCAGUGCCUUUGUUGAAUGCUCUUUUCAGGAACAAAAAGUUGGAAGUCAUCAUUUUUCUGAGGCUAUGUUUGAUCUCAGUUUAAUUCAGAUGAUGAAAGUUUGCUACGUGGCCUCGAGCCAUCUCUCAUGUUUCUACCUUGCAGUUUGGUGUGUAAAUAUCCUCAGAGAUCACUGUUGCUGUUGGCAGCACAGGUUGCUUUGAGCAUAGCAACUGCUACCUUAAUGUGAACUUGUAAGCUGAGACAGCUCAGGAAGCUGCCAGCCUUAACCAAAGAGAACUGUUUAAAAAAAAAAAAA